GUGAGGCAUGCACAAGGAAUCCACAAUGUAGCAUUAGAAGAGAAAGGAGGGACAGAUGACAUAGGUGAUCCCCAUUUCUCUCCAAAGCUUUUAGAUGCACCUCUCUCUCCAAAGGGUAUAAAACAGGUUUCUGAACAGCAGAAAGAAAUACUUAAAUCAGGAUUAAUAAACACCGUCCAGUUAGUGAUUACCUCUCCCCUGCGCAGGGCAGUGGAAACUGCAGUUGGAAUAUUUAGGGGACAAAAAGUUAUAAAUCAAUCGGACAACUUCCCUCCAAUUGUAGCACUUGAGCUUUGUAGAGAACGCAUGGGACUAUAUCCGUGUGAUCGCAGAGAAAGUAUAAGUACCCGUCGUAUUUGUUUCCCGGAGAUCGACUUUACAAUGGUAGAGAGUGAUGAAGAUGCUCUAUGGAGAGAAGAGGAAAGGGAAAACCUAGAAGAGGUUUCUGCUAGAGGCCUUCGCUUUCUCAAAUGGUUAUGGGAGAGACCAGAGAAAGAAAUUGCAGUUGUUAGCCAUGGGAUUUUCUUGCAACAAACACUUCGUGCCCUGCAUGAAAAAGUUAGCAUACCUCUAGAAGAUAGUCUUCUCACAAGGUUUGCCAAUUGUGAACUACGGUCAAUCCGGAUAGAUAAGAGUGCAGUGACAUGGAAGUACUAACGACCUAUAACUGUAGAAAAAACGCGGCUCCAACUUCAAGUUCCCUUCACACGCUUGAAUAAAAGCCAUUCGUCUGAACUGUGUUUUUAUGUUUGCAUGCCAUGGACUUAGCGCUUGGAACCAGGGAAGCAGGCCACAUCCGAAUCUGGUUACCACUAACCUAUAGCCUAUGCGAGGGCAGACAUGCGUGUGAAACUCUCUCUCUUUUUGUUUUUCUUGAUUAAUGUUUUACUUCCUGGGAAUCUCUCUUCUUAAUUUCUUUUACUUAUGUGUGAUAGAGUACUUUAGCAAAAAUGAUCAGCUUAAGUUUGUGGUUCCGUUAAUAUUAUAUACAUAUUUGUCAUUCCAA